AAACGAUGGCUGCUGUGGCCACAGCGGAGGAAGCGGAAGUGACUUUGUGUUGCGCUGAAUCAAACAGAAGAAGAAGAAGCAGCAGCAGCUUUGUGAGGAGACCGCGAUACAAACCCGCCGUGUGUCCGCGGCCAUUAGCUUCUGGGAGCGGAGAGAAAAAAAGACACGUAGAACGCACUUGGGGUUGUUAAAUUAUGUGGACACAGAAUCCAGGGUAUCCAGCGUCAAGUUAAGGAUCUUGGACGUCAAUUUUAAGAAGCUUAUUAGCGACCGAACCAAACUUUUUCAAGCAUUUGAGACAAACGAAGAACGAACCCAGUUGAACCUCAGGAUCAAGUCAUGUCUCACCGAAGAAGCCGCAGCCCAUCGCCAGGAAACUUUUCACGCUCCUGCAGCAGUAAUGAUCCUCGGGAUUUGGAGAGAAGGAUUUUCGUGGGGAAUUUGCCGACCUCCGACAUGGAAAAGAAGGAUUUAGAAGAAAUGUUCGGCCCAUACGGGAAAGUUAUCGGCGUGUCCAUGUUUCGUGGGUUUGGAUUUGUUCAAUUUGAACGCAUUGAGGAAGCGGAAGCUGCAAAGGCGGCCCAAAAGGGUCGAAUAUAUAAAGGUUAUAAAAUAGAUGUAAAUAUGGCAGUGGAGCGACGGCAAGCUAAACCUCAAAUCCAGCAGAGCCCUCCUCGAAGGGCCCCAUACAGCAGUUACGGGGACAGCAAAGAGCCACGGCCUCGGUCCCGUUCACCUGUUUAUGGGCGCGACGGACGUGAUGGACGUGAGCACCGCGAUAGCCGCGAUGGGAGGGAUUCAGCUCGGGAGGCGAGGCCAGCCGGCCACUCUCGUGACCACGAUUACCGCUACCGUAGCUCAGAGGCCAGAGACAAGGACCCCAGAGGUGACCCGAGAGCUGACCUGAGAGCUGACCCAAGGGGGGACCCUAGAGCGGACCCCAGAGCGGACCCCAGAGCGGACCCACGGGAUCCUGCAUUCAGCAGAGAAGACUUGGACAGAUUCUACCGCAGCGGCAGCGGAGCAGAGGAGUAUUACCGCAGGAAGGAUGAACCCUACAGGGACCCUUACAGAGACCCCUGGAAUGGACGUCGUGAGCCAGAGGCAGAGGAUCGAGCUCGACCGGAGGAGCGUCGGCGUAAUGAGUUGUAUCGACAGUAUUAUGAAGAGCUCCAGCGGCGCUAUGACACGGACCGCCCCGUCGACUGCUCUGUGAUCGUCGUCAACAAGGCACAGAACUUUGAAAAUAACUGUAGGGAGUAUGCUGAAACGGUCGGGCGGAAGGUCCGCGAUCUGGGCAUGGUGGUGGACCUCAUCUUCCUCAACACGGAGGUCUCCCUGACCCAGGCUCUGGAGGAUGUGGGCCGAGCCCGCACUCCCUUUGCCAUCAUCAUCACCCAGCAGCACCAAGUGCACCGGUCCUGCACCGUCAACAUCUUGUUUGGCACGCCACAAGAACAUCGAAACAUGCCGAUGCAGGAUGCCAUGAUGCUCGUUGCCCACAACUACGAUUCUUACAAAGUAGAAAACCGCGAAAAAGAGCGCGAGGAGAUUGCCAGGAAGGCCGCCAAGAUGGCCGACGAUGUAUUACUCAGGGAGCCCGACAGAGAGAGCCACCCCAUCUCUGUGCUCACUGGCAUCACACUGCUGUCUGAAAACAGAUUUGUAACCCCCGAGGAACUGGACAGUCUCAUCGCGUACCUGAAGGACAAGCGAGUCCGUCUGGUACGAAGUUCUACGGACCCGCUUUCAGCUCCAGUCCACGCUGCAGCUCCAGCAGAUGUCCCGUCCUCGGCUGUAGGACUGCCUUCUUCCUCCCAUUCUGCUCUCGCACCCCAACAGACGAGCCACCUCGGUUUAUCCGCCGCUCCCAGCGCCCCGACUAACUCCAGCCAUCAGCAGGAGCUGCAGGCCAAGAUCCUCAGCCUGUUCACCAGCGGCGCUGGCUCAUCAGUCAGUGCUGGAGGCCUUCCCUCCUCCGUCUCCCAGUCACAGGCCUAUGGCUCCCUUGGCCUGCCCCCCUCCCAGGGCCUACCCCGCCCCGCCAUGUCCGCCCCUCCUGCAGCUGUAUCCCAGGGUUACGGCGCCCCACAGGGCCGGAUGCCAGUUGCACCAAUGGGUCAAAGGCCCCCCGGCUCGACUUCAGGUAUCAAUUUUGACAACCCGAGUGUCCAGAAAGCUCUGGACACACUGAUCCAGAGCGGGCCGUCUCUGAACCACCUGGUGGGCUCCGGGGCCUCUCAGCAGCCGCCGGUCCGACCGGCACAGAGCAUGGGCCAGGCCCCGUCUAUGUCCAUGUAUCCCCGACACUACUGACAGGCUGCGGCAGAUGAUUUCCAUCUCCUAACGCGAAGCCCACUUUUCCCCCUUGUACGCGUAGACACCACGAUCGAUUCUCUGAAGUGAAUUUACCAGCUGUGUAUAGGUAGACUGUUGGAAUGUUUUUGUAAACUGCUUUUUAAUUUUGUUUUUUUUAAUUAUUAUUAAUCUCUUUAUUCUUGGCAGUGUUCUCACUUGGUAAAAUUUGAUGAUUUGUAAAAUUUUUGUUUUCAAUUAUUAUUAUUAACCAGGAGACAGUUGAUUCUUCUUAUGUGUGGUUUAAAUAAUGAAGAUAUGUUGCAUGUGUAAAGUACAUCUUGGCCCUUGAUGGACACUUGUGUUGUUUUCCAACCAUGACCUCUUGUGUGUUUUAUAGUUUUGCAGAGUCUAUUAAUUUGUAACAAGUUUUCAUUCUCAACAAAGACGUGAUUAAAAACUCGAGACACAGUCGCUGUAAUAAAA